GCUCUGCGAUUGCAAAUUGCAAUCGAUUCGUACAGUAGCAUUUCGCCGCCGAUGGGUCUCUCAAAGGAACAGCUUCUUGCGCGGUUAAAGGACCUUCAGAUUCAAUUUUCACAGUAUGAGCAUCCAGUUGUUUUGACUGUUGAGGCUCAGGCUAAAUAUGUUGGACAUUUGGGAGGUGGGUUGAGUAAAAAUUUAUUUUUGAAGGACAAGAAAAACAGGUUUUAUAUUGUUUCUGCUUUAGCUGAAACUAAAGUAGAUCUCAAAGUGUUAUCUCAGCGGCUUGGUUUGGGAAAAGGUGGUAUCAGAAUGGCACCUGAAGAGGCUUUAGGUGAAUUACUCCAGGUACCCUUGGGCUGUGUCACACCAUUUGCACUAGUGAAUGAAUCAGCACGAGAUGUUUCACUGCUAUUGGAUCAAGGGUUCAAGACUCAGAAACACUGCUUCUUCCAUCCACUGUCAAAUGACGUGUCCAUAUCUCUAAAUGCUCAUGAUCUUGACAAAUUCCUUAAAUCAAUAGGAAGAAAUCCCUCAUAUGUUGAUUUGGAGGCCAAUCCUACAGUGGGGAAAGAUCAACCCCCUGAUCUAGCUGCAUUAGUUCCAUCUGGUUCAAUAAUUUUGCCUGAUCGACCAGAAAGGAAAUCUUCUUCACAGGUUCCUAAGGAUGUAAACAAUGUUUCUGUGAAUAAUAGGCCCAGUACAGUUUCAGCCAAAGUUGUCAAGCCAUUAGAUGGUGGGAAAGAUGCAAAGGGGCCACCGGUCAAAAGUAUUCAUUCAUCAGGCUCCUUUGCAGAUGUUGGGCAAUUCGUUGAAGAGAUAUUGCAGAAAACAUCAGAAUUAUUGCUUUCAGAGGUGAAGGAAGAAAAUAUAAGGUUACAUGGAGAGCAGCUGGGUGCUGUAGUAUCUAACAAAUUAAAGAAAAACUUCAUCUCAGAUUUCAAAAACCUUGCUAUGAUAUUUAAGAACACAGCAUAUACAGAAGGGUUCCAUGCUGGUACUCGCCGUCGGCCCCAUCCCCUCUGAAGCUUACGAUGAUUUCAGAUUUGCUGGCAGGAAAGUAAGAGGGACCAAAAUUUGAACUCCAACUUUUACUCACGAAGAUUGAUUGAACAUUCAUACUUGAAAAUGUUUGGUUGGGAAUUGAUGAUUUCAAACUAUUUGAUCAAUGAAAAAAACAGGAAGGUGGUCAUUUGAAAACUAAGGUAAACUACUUUGAAGAUUGUCAAAGUAUGGUAAUUCUAAAUGUGGCUAUAAAUUACACACCAUACUAUCAAGUAUUUUAAAAUUAGCUUUUUACU